UUCAUUUGAGAAAUAGAGAAUUUUGUAAAUAGUCGUUGUGGCAAAAUAAAGAUUAAAUGAAACUUUUCUGGUGAAAAAAGGGAAACCAAAUGUUGCAAAUGAAACAUUGUGAAGCAGUUCAAUUAGACGCUAUAAAGUUUAAUGGAUUUCAACUAUACUAACUUGGAAAAAAUGUUACCCCUACUCGGUUCCAUAUCUAGCGGGAACACCCUAAACAAUAAUCAGAAUUUUAUCAACCAACUGGCUGCUGCAAUAAGUACCGCAGUUGGUGCAGUGAAUGCGGUGUCAACCAAUCCCAACAGCAAUAAUAUGGCAGUAACUACGAAUAUGCGUGAUCGAACACCAGAACCACCACCGGCUCCUAGAUUUACCUCGAAUUCACCAAUCACAGUAAAGGCGAAUCGUGGUACCGCACCAAUGGAUAUUGAAACUGAAUCAGAGGCAGCGCCUAUAUCUGCAAACGCUAGUCUUAAUGGAACUACUACUGUUCACACUGCAGCCGACCCAAAUUUGCCAGUUGAUAAGCUGACAAUGAGCGUGCACAGCGCUAAUAUGUUUAUGAAUGGUUUUAUGCCACCAACGGGCACAGCUGCUGGCAUUACAGCAAAUCCCUACUUGUUCUUUCCUUCAGCCGCGUCAACAAAUGCUGCCUCAACAUCAGCAGCUGCAAUGGCCACGCCAGUGACUAAUCAAAUGUUUAUGGAUCCGACAGCAAUGUUGGCAGCUAUGCAGCAAAUGCAACAAAAUUAUGCUGCUAGCUUUGCCGGCACUUUGCCUAAUAACGAAAACUGUGUCAAUGGACAACCCGUUGCAGCAAAUGCCCCUGUUAACAGCAUGAAAGAGGUGAUUAAAACCAAGAAUUCCAUACUUUUUCCACCCAAUCCAAAUGCGCCACCCCCCACCACACGUGAACGACCGCCUGGUUGCCGCACAGUAUUUGUCGGCGGUCUGCCUGAAAACUGUACAGAGGAUCUGGUACGUGAAAUAUUCGAAUCUUGUGGUGAAAUCACUACACUGCGUACAUCGAAAAAGAAUUUCUGCCACAUACGCUAUCGUCACGAAGCGUCCGUUGACCGCGCCAUCUAUCUCUCUGGCUAUCGCAUACGCAUCUCUAACUCUAGCGAACCGUCAAAUUUUGGACGCCUACAUGUUGACUACGCGCAAGCCCGCGAUGAUCUCUACGAUUUUGAGUGCAAGCAGCGUCAAUUGCAACGUGAGCAACGGCACAAGGAACGCUUGUCUAUCGAUCGUACACGUUCUCAAUCGCCGCCACCCAUACCACAUUACAAUGAUCAUGAAGCAUCAAUGGUAGCCGAGCAUUUGCGUAGCGGCGACACUUUCGUUAAAGCCGUACAAACAAUUGCAAUUUGGCUGGAGCGCGGCGACUGCACAAAACGCAAUGCCAACAUGUUUUACUCCAUGAUACAAAGCACACACGCCCAUGUGCGGCGUCUACAUACUGAUAAGCAGCAGUUGGAAGAUGAUCUACGUAAAGCGCGUGAAAGCUACCGCAAACAAAUGCUGACUAUGUCCGCACAAUUCACUCAGAUUGAAAAAGUGUUCAGUGCUGCAAGUCACAAGAAGGUUUGGGACCAUUUCACCAAAGCCCAAAGAAAAAACAUCGAUCAGUGGAAGAAGCUGGCAUUGGAAUUACGCUCCGUGCAGAUUGAGGAUGAUGAAAUGGAAAUGUCUGACGACGAUCGGAACUAUCAGGGCAGCAGCGCAAAGAGAACACGCUACGAUGCGGAGAGUUUGAAGGAAGAAAACGACUCGCUGCGCUGUCAGCUAGAAGCUUUGCGUAGCGAAAUGUCGCACGUCCGCACCGACAUCAAAUACGACAAUGAUUAUCGUGAGAAACAGAUCAAAGUGCUGCAGGAAACGAUACGCAAUAUGCAAACUCAAUUGAUGCAGACGAAAAUGCGCGAACAAAAGGACAACAAAACAAUUGAACAGCUCGAGCGUAAGUUGAAAGAAGCUGGCGUGAAGCAAUUAUUGUUAAAGACUAGAAUCAAAGAAACCACCAACAAGCGAAGAGAUCGCGAAUCAUCGUCAAUUAAUUCCGAGACCAGUGAGAUAUUAAUCGAUGAAACUGAAGAUAACGAUAUUGAUGAUGAGGACGACAAUGAUGUGGAAGAGGUGGCUGUGGAAGAUUCAACGAGAAAUAAGCCGAAAGAUUCGACAAAGUCCAAUAGGGAGAGAGAUAAUACUGAAAAUUCGACUAAUGCCGACAAAACUAAUCACAUACAAAUUAUAGAUAUUGAUGGCUACAAAAGUGAUGACGAAGUGGAUAUUAUCGAAGAUCAGAAUGACGUUGUAGAAAUACACGAAACCGAUGAUGACGAAAAAGUCACAAACCAAAGCAACAAGACAGACGAAAAAACGUCAGAGGAAGCAGCGCAUGCCGAUCGUUCAGACAUUCAAAAAGCAGCUGAAACUGCAACAGUGCAAAAGACAAUCGAAACCCCUACGCUUGGGGACAGUGUUGAAACUAAGGAUGCUAGCGGUGAUAUUUCUAGUACCGACAAAGUUAAGGUGCAGUUAUCAGAGGAAAGCAAAGUGAUUGAAUUGAAAUUCUUGCCAUUUGUGGAGGCCCAAAUCAUAGCGUUAGUGGCUGCCUAUCUAAUAGUGCAACCGUUUGGCGUCAGCGCUGAGUCAAUUUGUAGCUACUUGCGGCAGUACAUGAAGAGGCUGGACUUACAGGUGCCAACGUUAGAGCAGAUACUGACAAACUACACUAACCUCUUCAAGUUGGAACAUCCAGCUGAAGUAAGUUGUAAUAACGACCCCAAGCCACAGUGGAAAUUUUGCGGAUUUACUGCAGCUGAUGGUGGAACCGGCGGCAACGAGCGUGACAACGCUAAGGGCGAAGAGUGAAAAUAAGGACAUUUAAGUCGUCUUGCUAAUAACCAAACAUGAAACCCGAAUUUUAUUACAUUUAUACUCGUAAGCAUCAAUUACUCGCAAAAGAGACAUCGAUUUUAAUCCGUACAUUUUAAAAAAAUUUCUUAAAAAGUAAUUACUAGAAUUAAAAAAUUAUACGUUUGUAAAAACGGUGAUUUUAAAUAUGAACUCGCAUAAAUAUUUGCUAUUCGAAAAAAAACGAGAUUAGGCUUCGUGCCUAGUUUAAUUUUUACUUAAAUAUGUUUAUUAUAUUAACUUAAUAAAAACCAAUGAAACUGGUCAUUUAAAUA